GCAGCGUCCGCAGCCAUGGUGGUGGUGGCCCAGACCCCGGCCCCGGCCCCGGCCGCGCCCAAAGUGCUGCUCCUGUCGUCCGGGAAGCCCCCGGGGCCCGGGGCCGCCCCCGCCUCCGCGCCCGCGCCCGGCCGCGCCCUGCCCCUCGUGCUGCCCCCGAGCCCGGAGGCGACGAGCGGGGGCCCCGGCCCCGGCCAGAGCCCGGCCCGCAAGCGGCAGCGCCUCACGCACCUGAGCCCGGAGGAGAAGGCGCUGCGCAGGAAAUUGAAAAACAGAGUAGCAGCACAGACUGCUCGCGACAGAAAGAAAGCCCGAAUGAGCGAGCUGGAACAGCAAGUUGUGGACUUGGAAGAGGAGAACCAAAAACUUUUGAUUGAAAAUCAGCUUUUGCGUGAGAGAACCCACGGCCUUGUGAUUGAAAAUCAAGAGUUAAGACAGCGCUUGGGGAUGGAUGCCCUAAUAACCGAGGAGGAAACAGAGUCCGAGGUGAAUGACGUCCGGUUGGUGGCCGGGUCUGCUGAGUCCGCAGCACUCAGACUACGUGCGUCUGCAGCAGGUGCAGGCCCAGCUGUCGCCCUUCCCGAACGCGUCCCUGUGGAUCCUGACGGCGUUGACUCUUCAGACUCUGAGUCUGAUAUCUUGUUGGGCAUUCUGGACAACCUGGACCCAGACGUGUUCUUCAGCUAUGUUAGCACAGAGUAUUGCCUGGAGGAGCUCAAAGAGGUGGGUGCCCAAGAGCCUGACUCCUUACCAGCCUCCCCUUCUCCUUUGGUGGGGCCCCCAUCAGCCAAGCUGGAAGCCAUUAAUGAACUGAUUCGGUUUGACCACGUGUACACCAAGCCGCUCGUCUUGGGGCUCCCCUCGGCAAUGGAUGGUCAAGGCAGCGUGGCAGUGAAAAUUGAGGAGGCCUCCCUCAGCUGCCCACCUGAGCCGCUCACUGUGUCUGUAAAAGAAGAACUCGUCGAGGCUGAUUUCAUCCCAGAGCUCGGUAUCGAGAACCUGCUGUCCUCCAGCCCCUAUCCCAAGUCUUCUCCCUGCCUGCUGGAUGCUUGUAGCGACUCCGGCUAUGAGGGUUCUCCUUCCCCUUUCAGUGAGAUGUCCUCCCCCCUUGGCACAGGCCACUCUUGGGAGGACGCUUUUGCCAAUGAACUCUUUCCUCAGCUGAUCAGUGUCUAAAAAAGUAUUGUUCGCUUGUUGUCCAAAGCAUCAUAGUGCGCCCACAGUUUGAAGGCAGUGGUGGUGAAGGCGGCGCUUUCCUAGGAUAAUUGAUCUCUGGAGCAUCAUGGUCCACGGGCCAGGCUUUGCUGGAGCAUCUCAAGUAUUGUCCUUAGCCAACUCUGGCAGCCGGAAGCAAGGCUGGACUCCCCUUGUCAUUUUUAUAUCCUGCCACCUGAGUAAGAUAGGAAGUUAAGGUCUGAUUCCUUAGCUUUUUUCCUCCCCUUCCUGUUUUGCUACAUCUUGACUCUUCGUUUAGUAAAGUCCUUUAGUUUGCUUGUAUAAGCGGAGAAAAUAGCUGUUGGGAGGGUUUGCUUUUCCAUUAUGUACAGUUGGAUAAUGUGAACAUUAGAAGAAAUCUUUUGUAAAGUUAUAGAAAUUUACUGUGUAAAUGCUUCAUGAUAGGAACUCUUUCAUGUGAGCUUGGCUUUGGGGAGGUGCUUUCUCCAUUUUAUUAUUUAAAAGUACCCGUGCAAUUAAAAAGUGCAAUGCCG